AAUUGAAAAUUCGCUCUCUCUCUCUCUCUCUCUCUCUCUCUCCUCUCCUCUGUUUUUUCCCCUUCUUUUCUCUCUCUCUCUCUCUCUCUAGACUUGUGAAGAACCCUUUUAAGCCUUUUCAUUUCAAAUUUUGAAGCAAAAAUUUCCAUUCAUCUUUAUUCAAAAUCCAAAAGAAACCAUGUCUUCUCCAAGCAAACGCCGAGAGAUGGACUUGAUGAAACUGAUGAUGAGCGAUUACAAAGUGGAGAUGAUUAAUGAUGGGAUGCAAGAGUUUUAUGUAGAGUUUCAUGGACCCAGUGAGAGUCCUUAUCAUGGAGGUGUAUGGAGGAUACGAGUCGAACUCCCGGACGCUUACCCGUAUAAAUCGCCUUCGAUAGGAUUCGUUAACAAAAUUUACCACCCGAAUGUUGAUGAGAUGUCGGGUUCGGUUUGUUUGGACGUUAUCAAUCAAACUUGGAGUCCCAUGUUCGAUCUUGUAAAUGUUUUUGAAGUGUUCCUACCACAACUUCUUUUGUAUCCCAAUCCAUCAGAUCCUUUGAAUGGAGAGGCUGCAGCCUUGAUGAUGCGUGACCGUGUUGCUUAUGAUCAAAGAGUAAAAGAAUACCGUGAAAGAUACGCCAAGGCAGAAGACAUAGUAGCUGCACCCGACCAAUCAAGCGACGAGGAACUAAGUGAAAAUGAAUCCGAGUCGAGCGACGAGGAAGUUGCAGGGAAAGCGGACCUCUAAGGGCUCAUUUGAAGUAGCUUCCACUGUACAAAAUGUGUCUCUGCUUGAAUGC